CAAAACCAGUGAGAGAGAGCAGAGUCGAAAAUGGCGAGCCUAUCAUCUUCUUCAUCUCCGCGUCUCCCAAACCCAUUCCCAAUGUCAUCACCCAAAACCCACAACCCCAAAACCCUCAUCUCCUUCCCCACCCGAGCAACCGACCCGGAAACACCCCCAUCUGACUCGGCCCCGGAACCCGCCUCCGACUUCGACGACCGCCUCAGCCAGGUCCGGCUCCGCUACCGGAGCGGCACCGGCAAGAAAGCCGAGGUCCGCAAGUCCAAGAAGUCCAAAUCUUCCGGGUCGUCGUCCAGUAACAGCGUCUUCCUGCCGCCGGUGCCGCUCAAGGAGCCGGUCUCCGGCGGGUUGAAGGUGGACUUCGGGUUCUGCCCGUAUAGCGAGAGGGUCAACGGGCGGGUGGCGCUUCUGGGCCUGGCGGCGUUGGUGCUGGUGGAGCUGGCAACGGGGAAGAGUUUGUUUAAGUUUCAUACGCCGUCGGUGGUGCUGGUGCAGGUUUAUUUUGUGGCGGCGGCGACGGCGAUUUAUAUUAAGUAUGAGAAAGAGAAUGUUAGUGUUUGGCCUCAGUCUCCAUCAGCCAAAGAUUGAAUGAAAAUAUGCCACUGGUUUUGUUGUUGUGAAUUUGUAUUGGUAUUUAUGCUUCAUAUUCAUGAAAGAUCAAACUGAAAUUUAACUGAAAAAUGGUCCACAUUGUACAAGUCGGGAUUCUUUUGCUACUACAGUCUGCAGAACCUGCAUUGAUCAUAUAUGUAACAGUUUUCACGAUUUUCAAUUUCAAAUU